AUGUCAUCAUCAAAUAAUAAUUUAUUAUUAUUAACAAUGUUUAGUGUAGGAUUUCUCAUAGGAGGAGGAGUCGUUGGAUUUGUUGGUGUAAAUCAACAGCAACAACAUCAUCAAAUUCAUGAUGUUGAAAGUGAUCGAGAACAAGAUAUUGAUGAUGAUGAUAUUACAGUAGUAAAUUGUAAAUUUUAUAACAAACAAUCAUACCUCUCAUCCCUACAUUCAACCCUUUUCACAUCAAAUUCACCCACAUCAUCGGUUAUCCCAAAAUUAAAUCAACUUCAUAUAUAUCAAAAAGAACUUUAUAAGAAGCAACAAACAUUACAUUCUUAUAUAAUAUCAUUCAAUCAUAAAUAUACUUGCUUAUUAACCGAAACAAAUGUUUUUAAGGGUUAUUCCUGUUUACAAAUGUCUAAAUCAAAAGAGAAGUUGGAAUUAUUUCAGGAAAAAAUUAAAUGUAAAGGUAAAUCCGUAUCGGACAAUAUUAACGGUGGUUUUGGAUAUAUUUUAGAAAUUAAGAAUUACAUGAAAAUGCAAGUGGCUGAAAUGAAAUGGUUGGAAAAACUUAAGGAAACGUACGAAGAAAAGUUGGAGAACUCGAUGAAAGAAUUAGAUGAAAUGAAAGAGAAAUUUAAUGAAUUUAAGGAAAUAAGUGAAGAAUUAAAAAUUGGUGAAUUAACCAAUCUUUUGUUUGAAAGUGGUUGUAUUAAUCUCUAA